AUGAAACGAGGUCGUCGUCCAAAGAAAGCAGCAGAAAGUGAAGAAGACGAUGCAAAGAACCACCAACAGGUCAAAGCUAAAAGUUCGCGAAAAAAGACCAAAGCAUCACCAGAAGCUUCCGAUAAUGAUGAUGCUGCAAUCGUUGUAGAAAGCGCCAGCAAUGAAGCCUCUACAUCAAAGGCUCUCAAUUCCAUAUUGGAAGAGGAAGUGGAACGUAUUUGCAAAAUUGAAAAUAUCGGAGAAUAUGAAGAACGUUUUAAUCAUCUUGAUCAACAAAUAUUGGAAUUAGAGGCAGAACGACAAGCUGUAUUGAAAGUAUUGAAAAUACAUCCAAAAACCAGAGUUGCCUACUCGACCAUCAAUCGAUUUGAGAAAACAAAAGAAGGUUUGCAGAAUGCCAAGUUUCACAAAUUGGGUGCCGAUUGCUUGGGUUUGAUUUUCAAUUUUCUAUUUCAUCAUGAAGUCGUUGAAUGGAGCGUCAUUAAGAGAUUAACUGAACUCUCGACCAACUUGAAAGAUGCCAUUCAACAAUAUUGUUCUUGCAUCCUUGGUUUGUGUAAAAUAACUAAGGUCAACAAGAAUGCAACCCCUCCACCAUUUAAAGCAUUGAUUGGUGUUGAAAUUGUUGUCACACAAACCUGCGAUACUGCGACAGAUUCUUUGUUGAAAACGAAUCCCAAUUUAACUCAAUUAUUUAUUAGGGAAGACUUGGAAAAGAACAAAAAGAUUACAUUCUCACAAAGAAUUGUUAACAAAAUCGACACAUUGGUCUGUUAUGGCAGUCACAGCACGGCAUCGAGCUUAAGUUUUGAUGUAUUUACCAACGUGAAAAAAUAUUGCUACAUUUCUUACAAGAAUAUUCCAACACCUCCACCCAAUGCAAAACAUAUCGUAUAUGCUUACCCAAUUUGUGAAGGCUCUUAUGCAACUGUUUCUCAUCUUCCCGAUUCAGUCGAAGUAUUAACGAUUUGCCUUCCAAACUGUCCUAAAGCUGGAGGAAAUGUGGACUCCAAAUCGGCGUCAAAAGCCGCUGAAUAUUUGAAAAAUUUAAUAUAUUUAAGGUACUUUGGAUUUAACUCAAAAACCAAGAGGCCAGACCUUCAAGGAUCGUAUACAUUCGAAUCACACCUUUAUGUCAUGCAGCCAAUUCCAACCAAAGACGUACAAUCACAUUAUUCAAGGACCCAAAUCUCGAAUGCAAAGCAUGUCCAUUCCAUGUUAUUCACUGAUGUUCCUGCCGACUUGUUCCAUCGACUGCGUCACGAAUUUGAUUUUGACGCUUCUAAAUUUGAUGAAUUUGACCUUCCGACACACUAUUCAGAUUUUGUUCUCUCCAGAAUUAGCAGCAACAAUAAACAGAAGUAG